AUGGAGAUGGGUGGAUGGUCCUUGGACCAAUUGAUGGAACUCGCGGGGCUGUCCGUUUCGCAGGCAGGCAUGUGGUCAAUCUACCGUCUUCAUCCUCCCAGCGCCGGCAAGAAUGUCCUCGUCGUCUGUGGGCCAGGAAACAACGGUGGCGACGGCCUAGUAGCCGCGCGCCAUCUGGCACAGUACGGUUAUACACCCUCAGUCUACUAUCCCAAAGAAGGGAAGAAUGAGCUCUACCAGCGCCUCAAAACCCAGCUACACAACCUAUCCGUCCCUUUCGUUCCAGACUUCACUGAGGCUCUCAAAUCCGCUGACUUCCUCGUCGACGCCAUCUUCGGGUUCUCCUUCGGGGGUCCCCUCCGGGAACCGUUCCCAUCCAUCAUCUCUCAGAUCGAGUCGUCGUCCGUCCCGGUGCUGAGCGUCGAUGCACCCAGUUCUUGGGACAUUCAGAGUGGUCCACCCAAGGAGGGUCCGGGAUCCAAAUUUAUGCCCAAGGCGCUGAUCAGUCUCACGGCCCCAAAGCCAUGCGUGAAAUAUUACCGCGGCAGGCACUUUGUCGGUGGCCGUUUCUUGACCAAGAGUAUCGUUGAGAAGUACGGAUUGAAUUGUCCUGAUUAUCCCGGCAUCGACCAGAUUGUGGAAGUUGGCGUUGAUGCUGAAGGGCGGCUAUAA